UUGUUUUUCCAUUUCCGGUUUAAAAGUAAAUAAUGAUUGGAUUUCAUUUCUCUUUUUCUUCACAUUUGCAACCUAAUUAUAAGUUGUGUUGCUAUCGAUAUCAAAAAAUUUUGUUGAUUUAGUUAAGUGGUUAUUAAUGCUUCAAAGACACUGUUCCACAAGAUAAAGUUGACGCCUUCUUUUUGUCUACUAGUAUUCGGAUAGGCAAAUAAUUAAUACAGACAUAAGGUCUGCUGCUGACUGAAUACAACACAAGUUUAAUCUUCCUUGUCAGAGUAACCUAAAAGAGGAAAGUCAACGGCAUAUUGGAGAGUAGUCUGUACCUAAAAUAAUUUGAACAGACUGAAAAAUGAGAAAAAGCUGAUUUGGAUUAAACAAAAACCUUAAUUGGAUAUCGGUCUUGAAAGUGAGGUUAUGGCAGCACCAGCACCCCCAGUAAGAACAGUUGAGAAAAAUAAAGUGAGUUUUGUGUGUCAAAGAUGUCGACAACCACUGAAGAUAGAUCCAUCAUUUGGGACUAUAGAUCAACAGAGUGAGCUUGUAAAGGAACUUACAGCCCCUCUUAUAGCUCAGGCUGGAAGAGAAGAAACCUUUGGUCAGGAAAAGGUUGAACCAUAUGAAGAAGAUGGAAACAUUUCAAAGAGAGUUGUUCCCCCCAGAUAUUCAUCAUUAGAGGAAGAAAACAAUGGUUUCACAUUACUUGGUGAGACAGGACCAGCCAGUUUAGGAAACUUGGGACAUAAACCAAAGGUGAAGGCAGUUUUAUUUGACAUCAUGACAGGCCAGUCUACAGUGGAUCAUCCAUUAUGCGAGGAAUGUACAGAUACACUACUGAACCAGUUGGAUGAUCAAUUGAAGAUCACAGAGUUUGAGUGUAGAGAUUAUAGAAAUUUUCUGGAGAAGCUUGAGAGUAAUGAAGAAGUGGAAGAUGACGCUGCAUUAGACGAUGAAUUGCAGAAGUUGAAGGCAGAAGAAGAAGUACUGAGACAACAGUUGAAGCAGGUAGAGCUGGAGCAGAAACAGAUAUUGUCAGAUAUAAAUAAGGAAAAGGAGACCACUAAAAUGUUAGGAGAGGAGGAAGAAAGGUAUUGGAGAGAAUACAAUGAGUACAAAAGACAAGUACAGGAACUGGAUGAUGAACAAAAGAGUGUGGACAACCAGUUGAAGUAUGCUCAAGCACAGCUUGACCGGUUAAAGAAAACUAAUGUAUUUAAUGCAACUUUCCAUAUUUGGCACAGUGGCCACUUUGGGACCAUUAACAAUUUCAGACUUGGAAGAUUGCCGAGUGUACCUGUAGAAUGGAAUGAGAUAAAUGCAGCCUGGGGUCAAACAGUUCUCCUCCUUCAUUCACUUGCCAAGAAAAUGAACCUUACAUUCCAAAGAUACAGACUUGUGCCAUAUGGAAACCAUUCCUAUCUGGAGUCACUUACAGAUAAAUCAAAAGAACUUCCACUCUAUGCAUCUGGAGGAUUCAGAUUUUUCUGGGAUGCAAAAUUUGACCAGGCAAUGGUAGCCUUUCUAGACUGUCUACAACAGUUCAAAGAGGAGGUGGAGAGAGGAGAUUCACAGUUUUGUCUUCCAUAUAAAAUGGAUAAAGGCAAGAUAGAGGAUACUAGUACUGGUACAACUUACUCUAUAAAGAUACAGUUUAAUUCGGAAGAGCAAUGGACAAAGGCCCUGAAGUUUAUGCUUACCAAUUUGAAAUGGGGACUUGCAUGGGUCUCAUCACAAUUUGCAAACAAAUGAGAAAUACUGUUGACACAAAGUUAAAAAUUGAAAAAAAAACAACUUCUCAUGAAAUGUUUGAUAGGUGUAAGUCGAUUGUGUAAUUAUUUAUGAAUCAAGUAUGACUUGUGCAGACUUUUACACCAUGGAACUUUGAGUUAUCCUGCAACAGAAAAAGUUCAGUUAUUUGAAAUAAUUUGUAUUAAAUUGAUAGAGUCCUAAAGUAUUGAAAGUGCAAUAAAAUGUUUAUAUCAUA